CGAUCGUGACUCAGCAGAUUUGAUUGUUGAUGUUGUUGUUUUGCGUACAGAGAAAUUUGAUUCCAUUCCAAGCACAUCCAAGAUUAUCCUUAAUUUUCAAAGUAAUUAAAUAAAACAUUGUCUAUCAAACCAGCAUUAAUAUUGAAAUGGACACUGAAUCAAUAGCAUCGACUUCCAAGUUAACUGCCGCUGAGAUUAUCAAAAAUGCCGCACAUGAAGAUAAAAAGGUAUGUCCACUGUGUGGUACAGAGGUGAGACUUUACUUCAUACACUUUAAUGAAAAAGUCUUGAUGUGUGGAACAGAUGAAUGUCCUUAUCCAUUUGGCGUUGAAGAGGUUGUUUUUGCCAAAGUAGACGAGGGCAGCGAAUAUAACGUACCAGUGCCCAGCGUCAAGCUAUCCAAGAGAUCCAGGCGAUCCCGGCGAUCUAAGGGAUCCCCGUCUGCCUCAAAUUCCAGGGUGUCAACCACGGCCUGGUCUGAUAUAGAGAAGAUGACCCGAGUUAAUGAAGCUGAGGAGCAGCUGGCCAGCCAACAAGCUGAAGCCCGAGAGUUCUACACGCACAAAACAAAGAAGAGCCCUAAAGAAGUUGCUCCCAAAGAUAAAACACAAGAAAAAUUACUAAAGGAACUUCGCAAAGUUUACACCAAAGAUAUGGAGAUGACCAAAGAGGAUGAUUUUAUAAAAAAUGAAAAAUGGUUAAAGAAUUUGAUGGAUUUGCAGGAGUCUUCAGGCCAGACUCUGGUUAAAGAGGAGGAGAUGAAAAUGUUACGAAGCAAGCAUCCAGAAAUCGGGUCAGGUGAAUUAAAGUUUGACAUUGAUAUGACUACUGCAACAAACAAUAUAUCUGUAAUCAAAAUAGCUAUACAAAACAAAAAAGGUGAAAAGGAGGGAGAAAAAAAAGGAGAAAAGAAGGGAGAAGAUAAUGGAGAAAAGAAGGAAGAAGAUAAUGGAGAAAAGAAGGAAGUAAAAUCGGGAGAAAAGAAGGAAGAAAUGAAGGAAAUGUAAUUUCGCUCUCAUUUAUUCAUGUGUACUAUUUAAUACUAUUUAAUUACAUUUUAUGGGCCUAUAUACUUUGUGCCCUAUAUUGAAAGAUUAAUUUCCUAAUGUAAUAGACAAUUUGACACCAUUCCUCAAUCAUUCGAAAUCACAACUUUUCUAAAAAGACAUUUCAUUCUGAUCUUAAAAACUUACUUAAUUUUAAAUUACCUGUGAAUUACGAUUUUUGGUCACAUUG